CCUCGGAGGCGCUGCCCACGGCCCGGCACGCAUAGCCGACGGAGAUGGCGCCCGCCCUGUGGCUCUUCCUCGGCCUCGCUGGACGGCUGACGGCGGCCCUCUCAGGUCCGCAGCCCCCAGCCACAACCACACCCGGCCAGCACAACGCCAGCAGCAGCGAGGCCCCGGAGCCAGGUCUCGGGGUGCGCCUGGCCAACCGGAGCAGCCACUGCCACGGGGAGGUGGAGGCCAGGCUCGGGGCCCGCUGGGCGCCUGCGUGCGCGGCGCAGUGGGACCACCAGGCAGCACCAGUCCUGGCGCCUGACCGGGGGCGGUGACCGCUGCGAGGGGCAAGUGGAGGUGCACUUCCGCGGGGUGUGGAGCACCGUGUGCGACAGCGAGUGGUACGGGCCGGAGGCCGACGUGCUGUGCAGGGCCUUGGGCUGCGGACGGGCGGAGGACCGGCCCCCGGGGCAGCCGCACUCGCUGCCCGGCAAGAUGUUCUACUCCUGCAAGGGCGAGGAGGCCACGCCCUCUCUCUGCGUCUGGCGGUUCAACAACUCCAACCUGUGCAGACAGUCGCGGGCGGCCAGGGUGCUCUGCUCAGGUUCCCAGGCACGGUACAACCUAUCCUCGCCCCCGGGCACCCCCAGCGUUCAGCCGGUGACCGUAGAAUCCUUGGUGACGGUGAAGACGGAGAAGGAGCCCGGGGCGCGGGUGCUGCUCGUGCUCAGCCUGGUCCUGGGCGUCCUGCUCCUCGGCGCGCUGGUGGCCCUCGCCGUCGUCCUCCUGAGAGUUAAGGGGAAAUACGCCCUCCCUGCGACCGGGAACCACCAGCACCUCCUGCCUGCCAUCCCAGCAGGGAGCAACAACUACCACGCGGUCCCCAUCACCGUCCCCAAAGAGGAAGCUCCCCAGCUGCUGUCCCCAGGCCGGGCCCCGUCCCCCGAGGACUCGUCCUCCGACUCCGGCUCCGACUACGAGCACUACGACUUCAGCGCCCAGCCACCCGUGGCCCUGACCACCUUCUACAAUUCCCAGCGGCACCGGGUCUCGGAGGCAGAGGCCCAGCAGAGCCGGUUCCAGAUGCCGCCCUUGGAGGAAGGACUUGAGGAGCUGCAUACUCCUCCCAUGCCAGCCACCCUGCCAGGACCCUGUGCCUCAGACACCACCCCAGGGGACCUCAGGCAUCAUCAGGGUGGUGGCAGCGGGUCCAGCACAUCUUCCGGGGAGGACUACUGUAACAGCCCCCGCAGCAAGCUGCCACCUUGGAGCCCCCACGCGUUUCCCCCGGAGCUGGCCCCGGGCCUGGAGCUGGCUGGGUCGCAGAUGCCUUUCCCGGGUGGUGGUCCCCCGGCAGACGACAGCUCCAGCACCUCGUCCGGGGAGUGGUACCAGAACUUCCAGUCGCCGUCCCAGCCCCGGCCCACGGAGCAGUUUGAGUGUCCAGGCCAACAGCCGGACGACUCCUCCUCCGGGGAUGACUACGACGACAUCGGAGCAGCCUAGUGGGGUCUCCGCCGCGGCUGCCAGGAGGUCCCCCCACUACCCCCUGCUCCCGGCCCCCCAGAUCACCCGAGUGGGGCUAAGGCCUCCCCAGGGACGACAGGACCCAUGCUGUCCCUCAAAACAGGCAAGCGGCGUGGUGGUGCACGCCUGUGAUCCUCAAACUGGGGAGGCAGAGGCAGGAGGAUCGACACAAGUUCAAGGCCGAUCUGAACGAGCUAUCGAGACCCCAUCUCAAACGAACAAUCACACAGGCCAGGCGGGGGUCUCGGUGAGUUUAUUGUGAAGCAGAUACAGACUUCUGGCUUCUCUGGACGCCUUUCCGAGCCCUCGGAGGUGACCGGCACUCGGGCCCCCGGCGAUUCUGAUGCUCCUGCGCAGCUCGCUCAGAAGUCGCCGACAGCUGCAGACUGUCUUCCUGUCCCUUGAGCCAGUCAGUGUGUCCUUGGGGGCUCCCAGCGCCGGAGACACUCCAGGAGUUCCUCACUGCACCGCGGCCCGGCUGAGGCGGGAGGAUCCGUGCGGAAAUCUUUUCUGAUGUCCCCAGGAUGGGGCCCCGUGGCCAGGCGUGUAGCAUGGCUGGGGGCUGUGCACCCUGUGUGGUCUUGUGCACCCUGUGUGGUCCUCAGCAUGCAGCCUGGGGUGCUCCCCCUGCCCCCCGCCUGGCCUGGGACUCACACAGACGUCUGCUUCAGAACUCGCUCCCGUCCCCAUGUCGUGAAAGACACUCAGCUGGGUGGCCAGGGCCCAGCCUGGACCUCUGCGGCAGCCGCCCGAGGGUGACACCACGCCUGUCCCGUCUGAUGGUCUCCUGGGCGCCUGUGUGGAAUCGGGGAGCACGGAGAGGCGGGGGCCCUGGCGGGCAGCGUGAUCUGCAGCACAGGCCGUGCCUGGAGCGGCGCGUGGCACGGGGCCAGGGUGGGAGCACUCACGGGGUGCCGGGCAGCGCCGUCCCCGCGGGCCUUGCGCUCUGAACCUGCACACUGAGCUGGCUCGGCUCCAGUGAGUCCCCUUAAAGCACAGCCGGCGUGACGGGGUCACUGAGCCCCGAGUGGCCCCCGUGCUCUGCUCAUCUGUCGGAGUCCUGGCCCGGGGCCGUGGGACCCCGCUUCCUGGGACCCCGCCUGGACACCCGGCCUGAACCACAAUUCGUCGUCUUACUUCCAAUAAACACUCUCCUAACUGCC